AGUUACGUUUUGAGUGUAGUCACAGAAUGACGUUUGAUGAUGAUGAGUGAUGAUGAAUAUUUAGUCUGAUGUUUUUAAUGUUUUGAUAAAAGUGAUUUAAAAUGAAAUAUAAACUUAUUUAAAAACUUAAUUUUAAAUUUAUUAAAUUAUAUUUAAUAAAUACUGUUGUGUUAAAUGUUUAAAAAAAAUAUAAACAGUUCUAUGGAUACUACCACCACCACCACUACUACUACUACUGCUACAACUCUGAAGUCAAAAAGAUUUCCGACCAUGUUUAAGAAAAUAAUGCUUUCAAGAUUAAAGACCAUUUCAAAAGAUGCAACUUCGGCUGUCAAAUCGUCUGUUCAAAAGAAGACAUCGGCUAAAAAAAAGUCGAAAGCGGCAAUAGAAGCUGAACAGGAAGUUGUGGGUAUGUCAAGGCGGCCAGACACAGCCACAUUGGGCAAACCACUGUUGGACAAGCAGGCGGAGAACAGAACGGAAGUACGGCCAUCAACUACAAAACGUCCGGUUUGUCAACAAUUUAAUAGCAGAACAUACCGGGUGAAAACCAAGGACCGAAAAAGCGUGCUAAGCUUACCAGAAGUAACUAAACAAACAUCGAAAAAUCGUAAAAGUCAUUUACCAAUUAAAGUGAAACCGAUGGCUCCCACUCCACCAAUUCGGCAACGUAUCCAAAAGAUGUCUCCAUCAAACGAACAGGAUAAUAUUAAAGAGAAUAUUAAUAGCGAAAAAAAAGAAGAAAAACCAGAAGAAUAUAUACCAGAAAAAUGGGUUCCAACCGCUAUUGGAUCGGCGAGAAAGAAAAGGCUUGUUUUGUGCUAUUUGUGCGGUAAAGAAUUCGGUACUGCUUCGUUGCCAUUUCAUGAACCACAGUGUCUCAAGAAAUGGACCCUAGAAAAUUCUCGAUUACCUGAACAUUUACAAAGAACUAUGCCAAAGAAACCGGAAAAUCAAAUUAUUUCUGUUGAUGAUUGGAAUCAGUUAGCAUGGGAAGCCACUCAGUCAAAUUUGGUGCCAUGCGAUUUUUGUCAAAGGAAGUUCCUAGCAAACAGACUCGAAGCCCACGCAAGAGUUUGUAUUGAAUCCAAAAAAAAAACAGUGCCGGCGCCGAAGUUACCCGUUAAAGCGGCCGUAAUCAUGGACAGACCAAAAAAGAAACCGGCGCCGUGUUACGUGUGCGGUCGCCUGUUCGGGACCGCGUCCAUAGGGAUCCACGAACCACAGUGUCUGAUCAAGUGGACCCGAGAAAACGAUAGCUUAGCACCGCAUCUCCGACGACCUGUGCCCACUAAACCGGAGGUGAUCAUCGAUGAAGUGACGGGCAAGGUGGACCAGCGGGCUACCAGAGAAGAACACUGGAAAUCGUACUUGUCGCAGCUUGUGCCGUGCGACCGGUGCAAACGGACAUUCGACCCUGACCGGUUGGAAGUGCAUCAAAGAAGUUGUAAAGGAGUGACGAAUAAAUGAAAACAAUAUCAUUAACGGUUGUCGUAAUUUUUGUCAAAACCCCGUUUUAUUUAAUAAACUAAGGUAUACCCAUUAUAUAUACCUACUAAUAAAAUCAGUGAAUAAGCAUAGCCAGUAGGUAGCCCUUGUAAAAAUCAGACGAUUAACUCACGAUUACCACCUUCUCCACGGCGCUGACAGAUGAUAGAUACAUGGUACCUAUCAUUACAAUGAUCGAUUUUUUCUUCGUAUAAAAUAUAAAUGACUUCUGAACUUUACUAUUUGUUUUUUUUUUUUGUUAACAACAAAUUUAAUUUAUAGAUUUAAAUAUUAUAUAGCUAUAUAAUAUAGGUACUAUGUAUACUAAUACCUAUAUAGGGCUCAGAAGUUGAUGCAUGAUGUAUUUUUUUGGGACUUUUUAGACGAUUCUCUCCUGGCCACAAAUUUGUUUCAUUAGCAUGUGAAUCUGAACAAUUAAUUUUUAUUUUGUAUUUUUUUGCAUUUUUUGGUGUUUAUUUACUUUUUAAGUCAUUUAUUGACAUUAUUAGGUAAUUUUCCCACAUUUUUACUGAUUUCACAUUAAUUCACUUCUUAUAGUUUCUUAUUGACCGUUAUUCGGAUAACUUACUUAAAAUUUUAAAAUUACCACGGACUAAGAUUAGUACUUAUCCGAUUAUAUCUCACUGAUUACAGUUGUUGUUGUCUUGUUGUAGUGAAUAUUAUUGUAAGUACCUAAAUUUUAUUAAUUUUUCGUAAUAUUUUCGAAAUGUCGAAUAUUAAAAGUUAAAACGUCAGGUAGUGCUUGUCUACGUCUACUAUGUUUAUAUUUUUUUAUUUAAUUUUUAAGGAAAUUUUUUGUCAUUUUUAUGUGAUAUUUUCAGUAAUUUGUAAACUUUGAUAAAUGUUUAUAGAAUUGUAUAGUAAAAUAGUGUAAUUUUUUAAAAAAUAUAUUUUUAUUAAUUUAAAACAAAUAUUUGAAAAAAAAUUUUAGAUCAUAUUUUAAAGACAUUUUUAAUGUUUUUAAGGUCAUCAACUUCCGAACCGCCCUACUAAUAUACAAUAUACGAUCUAUACGUCUGGUCUAACUACUAGAUGAGUAAGAAAGCUUGUAACAUCUUGAUGUUGGAAGCAUUUAACGAUAAAAUACGAAUUGGGAAAUUGUAUGAUAAAAUAAUUCGACAAGUCAUUAUAAGGAUGCAUUAUUUCUUUUAUAAUUAAAAAUAAAAAUAAUACGGUCAAUGGGGGGGAGGGUUGAACCCAACGACCCUUCUCAGUGAGCACGCCCCUGACUGUUGACAUGUUUUAAUAUUACAUUAAUAUAAACGAUAAAUUAAUUAAUACUAAUUGAUUUCACUUCAAAUUUAAAAUUUUAUCCAGAACACCGACAAAUAAGCUAUUUAUAAAAUUCUGUGCGAGUGAAAUGUUUUAUUGUUAUAUUUGUAUACUAUGUAUAGUAUUAGUAAUACUUACAAUAAUUUGUGAUUUAAAUGUGUGUACAUAGUUAAGUGGAUAAUUUACGUAGGUACUUGAGCAUUUUACCAUAAUUAUU